AUGGGGAACAAUUCAUCUAAGCCUAAGGACUUGAGGGGGUCUCCAUUAUCGCGUACAGACACGGGAAACUCGGCAAAGUCUUCAAGAUCCAUUAGAUCAAGGAUAUCUAUGCUGAGGGAUGAUAAUUCAACUAGUGGGUCGCCAAAGACGGGAUCGAAGGCUACUUCACGCAAGAAUUCAUCUACUAGUUUGAAUAACAUGAACAGCAGUAGUCAUAGUAUGAACAUACCGAUUAACGGGAAUAACAGUGCUCACUCAAACAAUAACUCCAGUGCUAAUUUAUCUAAUUCGUUUUCGAACCUAAGCUUACAUAAAAAUCCAUCAAAUCAGCAUUCGAAUAAUAAUUUCAAUUUACCACCAUCAAUGAUACAAGUGGAACCUAAAGAGCCAAUUUUAAUUAGACGAAAUACUGGUCCAGAUGGAGAAGAUACACCAUUAAGUCCCAAGAACCAUUCAUUUAAUUCGAAUUCACCUCAUUUGGCAUCAUCUUUCGAUAACAGCAAUCCUUCGAGUAACCCUUCCAACAAUAUAAGUAGAACCUCAACAAACCAUUCACAUCAUUCUGGAAGUAUUAAUAAUUAUCCAUUAUCGCCACAACCAACAUCAUCUAGUGCGAACGGAAGUACUAAAGAUUUGCAAGAGGAUACAAGUAAGAAUUUCGAUAGCCAACUGUUAAAUGAAAAUAGAAAUAAGGAUGUACUGAUUAAUAACCUACUGCAUAGCUCAACUACAGAAUCUAAUGAAAGCGACGAUAGCGGCUCUAUUGAUAUUGAAAACUUGAUUCAGAGACUAUUAGAUGCGGGUUACAGCGGUAAGAAAACAAAGAGCGUUUGUCUCAAAAAUCAUGAAAUUCAGUUGAUCUGUGCAAAAGCAAGGAAUAUAUUGUUACUGCAACCAUCAUUAUUGGAACUUAGCCCUCCUGUUAAAGUGGUUGGCGAUGUACAUGGUCAGUAUGGUGAUUUAAUUCGAAUUUUCACUAAGUGUGGAUUUCCUCCUCAGACGAAUUAUUUAUUUUUAGGGGAUUAUGUUGAUCGAGGAAAGCAAUCCUUGGAAACUAUUUUGCUUUUGCUAUGUUAUAAAAUUAAAUAUCCUGAGAAUUUUUUUCUAUUAAGAGGAAAUCAUGAAUGUGCUAACGUUACCAGAGUUUACGGGUUUUAUGAUGAAUGUAAGCGUCGUUGUAAUAUUAAGACAUGGAAGCUAUUCAUAGAUACGUUUAAUACUUUACCUAUAGCUGCAAUUGUAGCAGGAAAAAUAUUUUGUGUUCAUGGCGGUUUAUCUCCAGUGCUUAACUCAAUGGAAGAAAUUAGAAACAUUGCAAGACCAACGGAUGUUCCAGACUUCGGCUUAUUGAAUGAUUUACUAUGGUCAGAUCCGGCUGACACAAUGAAUGAAUGGGAAGAUAAUGAGAGAGGUGUGUCGUAUGUAUUCUCCAGAGUCGCUAUAAAUAAAUUCCUACAGAAAUUCGGAUUUGAUUUGGUCUGUAGAGCCCAUAUGGUUGUUGAGGAUGGUUAUGAAUUCUUCAAUGAUAGAACAUUGGUGACAGUUUUUUCUGCUCCAAAUUACUGUGGGGAAUUUGAUAACUGGGGUGCAGUUAUGAGUGUGAGUGACGAGUUACUUUGUCUGUUUGAAUUAUUAGAUCCGUUGGAUAGCAUUGCAUUGAAGCAAGUAAUGAAAAAGGGUAAAGAAGAACGGAAGAAUGCUCAGUUGCAACAGCUGUAA